GCUUUGCCUAUUUGGGCGAUCCUAUAAGACAGCGAUUUCAUCGUUGUGCUCUCGUUAAUCUAUUCACAGUCAAAGAUUUCCGUUCAUUACUACUUUCCUUCAAGUUUUAUCUCCCAAUUCGUACCACACCAAGGAAUCCAGAUAUUUUACUUAUUUGGUUUCCUUAUUUGCCCAAUAUUUCUCAACGUUAAAUUCUCACACACCCCUUAUUCUCCCUUGUUCAAUGAAAAAACUCCCUCCUUAAAAAAUCCCCUCUUCUUCCAUGAAAAGUGAAAACACUCCCAUCCUUUUAUGAGUGAGUCCUGCCUGCUACAACAAAGAUGGAUAUUGCAAAUUUAAGGCCUCUCAAGCACACAGUGCACAACAGAAUUAUCAAGAAAACCGUAAAACCUCAGGCACACGAGGCAAGAGCAAGAACAAUCAAGAUUUCCGUGACGGAUCCCGACGCCACCGAUUCCUCCAGCGACGAAGAGGAGCUCUUGUUCCCUCGCCGCCGCGUCAAGAAAUACGUGACCGAGAUCAGAAUAGAGACGGGCAGCGCUGACACCACCACCAGAAAGCGCCCCGCCGCCGCCGCAGAAAGCGCCAAGCCAAAGCAGCCCGCGGAGGGCGAGUGCCGCAAGUUCCGCGGCGUGCGGCGCCGCCCCUGGGGCAAGUGGGCCGCCGAAAUCAGAGACCCUUGCAAAAAGAUCAGGCUGUGGCUGGGGACCUACGACACCGCCGAGGAGGCCGCCAUGGUCUACGACAACGCCGCCAUCAAACUCCGCGGCCCCGACGCCUUGACCAACUUCGGCGUCCCCACAACCAAAAACAAUGUGCUUUCAUCAUGUGAUGACGAUUCUGUCUCCAGCUACGAUUUCCACAAUCGUUCCUCGCCGGCUUCCGUUCUCCGCUUCCGAAGCAGCCCCACCAGCUGCGAAGACAGCUCUUCUCCCAGCGCUUCCAAAUCCACCCAAGAGGAAGUGUGCGGGGAUUAUUGUGCUGACUCCUUGCCUAUGACCACCGACUUCUUGGAUGAUUUCUUCAAUUUCGAUAUGCAAGAUCAGACAUUGUUGUUUGACGAAACAAAUAUCGGAGAUAUUCAUUUUCCGGUGGAUGAUGAAUUAGCUAUUGGGGAUUUCAAUGAUUCCUUCGAUUUUGGAGAGUUGAAGUACGAAUUUCCGGGUCUGUUUAAGGAUUCAUUUCAAGAUCACUGUAUUGGUGAGACCCGUCAAGACGAGGUUCAAAGCAUGUCGGAGUUGGUGGAUUUUAAUGAUUCGUCUUUUCAACAAUAUUCCGGCGAGUUUGAUGUUCUUAGUUUAGUUGGAGUGGAAGAAGAUAAUUUAUUUGAUAUGUUUACAGAUGGACUAGUACAAGUGUCCUAGUGUUUUUUUACCUUUCCCUACUUGCCAAGUAACGGCAAAUUUUGUUAAGGGCAGAGUUUCAAUUUCCUUUUGUUUAGUUUACAAAAUAAUUUUGUGUAUUCGGAAGAGAUUUUUAGUUAAGAAAAAAAAGGUUGAUCUGGCAUUCCAUUUUGUUUC